AUGAUCUUCAUCUACGCCUUACUCUUGAUAACAAAUUCCCUAUCAAAUAAUCCAGCUAGAAUUGUUUUCAGUAGUACUGUUAGGAUAGAUUACGAGCACCGAACAAAUUACAAUGAUGUCUAUGAAAUUUCAAACCCCGAAUUCCCGAAACCUGAAGAUGACUCCGGCAUUUUCAUGAUUAUAGAUGAUUCUAGCGCUCAAGGAACUCACAUUGCAGUCUAUAUCUCAGAUGAUAAGUCAUAUGCCGAAAUGAUGGCCGAAAUUAUGGGCGGAUCAUCACCAUUGACGGAAGAAAAAAUCAUAAGUCUUGAUAAAGACGCUCGUGCAGUUCAAGAGUGUUAUCAAUAUCUUCAAAGUUCACCUCGACAAGCUGGUGCGACGAAUCCAACAACUUCUCACUUUACACGAGCAGUCGUGUGGUACCAAGGCAGACCUCACAUCCUCGCUCGAUGUGGCAGAUUUAAAGAUGCAUGGUUCAUAUUGACUAAAAUCAAAGGAAAAGUAGAACUUAGAACAUUAGAUUCGUCAAUAGAAUUAAUCAAUAGUGUCUCUGGGAAGUAUGGAAAAUAUGUCAAAAAAAGUGGAUUGGACAUUGAGUUGGAUAUAAGACCUGGGAAGGUCAACCCGGCAGCAGAUUAUCAGACCUACGGAAAUACACGUAUAUUCAGGACAUCGAAACCCCCUAGAAAAAUUACAGGUGUUCUUGUUAGUCCAGGAGAUUGCGGUUUAUACAGGAGUAAAUUACCAAAAUUGUUUUAG